GAACAAGCAGCAGUUUAAUUAAAAAUUAUUUGAUUUAAUAUAAAUUGGUGUAGUGUUUAAGUGUACUUUAGUGUACUUAAUGUAGUGUAGCUGUCAUCUGUCAAUUGUUAUCUGUUACUGUUAUCACCUGUCUGUCAUAUCUACACAACUAACAGUAUCAUUAUCAUCUAGUGUACCUAGUUUUACAAAAUAGUUACAAAAAACAAAACAAACAAACAGUAUUCAGAGUAUUUAUUUAUCUUAUCUUGUUCAAUUUUAUUUUAUUAGUUGUAUUUUAUUUAAACAAUGGCAUAUGAUCCACGAAGCACACACAACCAAGAAGUACUCAAGAAAUUUAUUGAAACUCUACAAAAUGAUUUUAAGAAUUUAUCAUCUGAAACUAAAAAGAAAUAUCCACAAAUACGUGAGUCAUGUGAAGAAGCUAUCAAUAAAUUAAGAUGUGCUACGAAUGUUCCAAGACCUACCUUGUACGCGGUCAUCAAUCAAAUUUUGUAUCCAUUGGUCCAAGGAUGUGAAUCCAAAGAUUUAAAAAUCAUUAAGUUUUGUCUCGGAAUGAUGCAAAGAUUAAUAACGCAUCAAGUGAUUGAUCAGAAAGGAGCACGUUACAUCACAGACACACUUUGGACUUUGAUGGAAUCGGGCACAGAAGAAGUGAAAAUAUUACAAUCAGUCACUUUACUACUCACCACAAACACAAUUGUACACGGAGAAACAUUAGCUAAAACCUUGGUGCUAUGCUUUCGUUUACAUUUCACCAGAAACUCAACGACAAUAAAUACGGCUGGUGCUACUGUACGACAACUGGUAUCGUUGGUCUUUGAACGUGUGGUUGUUGAAGAUAAUGCUAUUGAACAACAACAACAGAACAAUGAUAAUGCUAAUACUAAUGCUAAUACCAAUAUGGAAGAAUUAAAAGUAGCUAGUGGACAACCUCCAAAAGGUUUGCAACCUUGUGCUGCUGACGCUUAUCUUAUGUUUCAAGAUUUAGUACAAUUAGUGAAUGCAGAUCAACCAUACUGGUUAAUUGGUAUGACUGAAAUGACCCGCACCUUUGGAUUAGAAUUGUUAGAAUCAGUUUUAGCUAAUUUCGCAGCUGUCUUCUAUAAACAUCCAGAAUUUAGUUUCUUGUUAAAAGAACGAGUAUGUGCGUUGGUUAUAAAAUUAUUUUCGCCCAACAUCAAGUAUCGAAGUGGUCAAUCAGCAUCCUUACAACAUCAACAUCAACAUGUAACUCCGUUGGAUAAGCCUUAUUUUCCAAUUAGUAUGCGAUUAUUGCGUGUUGUUUCAAUUCUUAUACAAAAGUAUCAUAGUUUAUUGAUAACAGAAUGUGAAAUAUUUCUUUCGUUGAUUGUAAAAUUUUUGGAUCCAGACAAACCCAGUUGGCAACGAGCACUAGCCCUAGAAAUGCUACACCGUAUGACUGUACAACCAGAACUAUUAAAAUCCUUUUGUGAGUGCUACGAUUUGAAAGCGCAUGCCACAAAUAUCUUCCAAGAUAUUGUCAAUUCGUUGGGCACCUACGUACAAUCAUUGUUCUUAAAUCCACAAUUAAUUGGCAGUGGUCAAUCUGGUCAAUCGGGUCAUGUUGGUCAUGGUCACGCUACAAGUACACAUUCAAGUAACAUGAAUAUGAGUCAUGCAGCUGCACAUAAUUUAACAGCUGCAGCAAUUCAAGGUCAUCCUCCAGCUUUAAUGGCUGGUCUGCCAGUUGGACCUGGUGUUUCACCACAACGUGGAUUCUUUUCACGUGGAAUUUGGUUACCUGUUGUUGUCACGUUUGCACAAGGACAAGCCAAAUCAACUUAUCUAGAAAUGUUGGAUAAAAUUGAACCACCUCCAAUUCCUGACGGCUAUGGAAUAUCAAUAGCAUACGCAUGCUUAUUAGAUAUUAUCCGUUCUCUAUCAAUUAUAAUACAGGGAGUUCAAACGAUUCAAACCAAUUCAAGUGACGAUCAAACUCAAAAUGCGUUGCCAAUGAAGUACACAGCUCGCGAUCAGAAUGAAGCCGCAAUGCACGCACAAUUAAUCAAUUCAAGUUGGUGUGGCUUGUUGGCAGCACUAUGUCCAUUGAUUGACGCAUGCACGGACGAACAAGCCUCUGAGAACGUGCUUAAAGCUAUGCAAACAUUCGCAUCGUUGUGUGGAAUGUUGGAUCUACGCAUUCCACGCGAUGCAUUCAUUACAGCCAUUUGUAAAGCGUCCUUACCGCCUCAUUAUGCGCUAACUGUUUUGAACACAGCAACACCUCCCGGCUCCGGGAAUUCAAUUCGAGGCCAUUCACGAUCCGGUAGUGGCAGUGGCGGUAGCAGCCAAGAUAUGAAUGCGCAUGCACAGUAUAUGUCAGUUUAUAACGCAGCAGCUGAAUCAGAUUUUCGACCACAAAUUGUUGUAGUUGGAACUCCGUUGCCAACAUCUUCAUUACCAAUUGGUGCUCAUCAAGGUCCAGUUAUGUUAACAAAUAAAAAUUUACAAUGCAUGCGUGCACUGCUAGUUCUAGCACAUUGCCAUGGAAGCAUAUUGGGUACCGCCUGGCACUUAGUAUUAGCCACACUGCAACAUUUGGUGUGGAUACUUGGAUUGAAACCGUCAACGGGUGGUUCAUUGAAAGCUGGUCGACCGACACCCGAGACAAAUGCGGUUAUCACAAACGCCGUAAUGGCAGAUUUACCUGUCUUGUCCGUAAUGCUAAGUCGUUUGUUUGAAUCCAGUCAAUAUUUGGAUGACGUCGCUCUACAUCAUUUAAUUGACGCACUCUGUAAAUUAUCACAUGAAGCUAUGGAAUUAGCGUGUUCGAAUCGUGAACCAUCUCUGUUCGCGGUUGCUAAAUUAUUAGAAACUGGCCUAGUGAAUUUACCACGUGUGGAAGUACUAUGGCGUCCACUUACAAAUCAUCUGUUGGAAGUGUGUCAUCAUCCACACAUCAGGAUGCGUGAAUGGGGUGUGGAAGCCAUAACGUAUCUUGUGAAGGCUGCAUUGCAAUAUAAAUACAGCAGUGGCCCGUUAAAAGAUAACCAGAAGCUUCAAACUCUAUUGUUGAGUCCUUUAUCAGAGCUGUCUUCAGUGCCACAUGGAGAUGUGCGUCAACGACAAUUGGAGUGUGUCCUUCAAGUGUUGCAUGGUACUGGUGAAUCUUUGACUCAUGGUUGGCCUUUAGUUUUGGGUAUAAUUGGAGCAGUAUCAAUUCAUCAAGGUGAAAGUUUAAUUCGAGUUGCUUUCCAAUGUUUACAAUUGGUUGUGACGGACUUCUUACCAAUAAUGCCUUGGCGAUGUUUGCCUCAAUGUGUAGAUACCGUUAAUAAAUUUGGAUUUCAAACAGAAGAGCUGAAUAUUUCUCUAACAGCUGUUGGACUAAUGUGGAAUAUCUCCGAUUAUUUCCAUCAAAAUCGUAAUAAAUUAUCCGAGACACAAAUGGAAGAGAAUUCAGUGCUACCCGACAUACCGGGUAUUCCAAACAUGUCGAACUUUGAUAAACUUUGGAUGUGCUUGUACAUAAGAUUAGGUGAUUUAUGUGUAGACUCUCGACCCGCUGUACGCAAAUCAGCCGGCCAAACAUUGUUUUCGACAAUUACAGCUCAUGGUAGUUUACUCAUGCAAACAACAUGGCAAGCAGUUGUUUGGCAAGUGUUAUUCCCCUUAUUGGACAAAGUACGAAUAUUAUCGAGUUCAGCAAGCAACGAGAAAUUCGAUACAGGUGGUAACAUUUUGAUUCAUCACACACGAAACACAGCUCAAAAACAGUGGGCUGAAACUCAAGUGCUAACAUUAUCAGGCGUAGCUCGUGUAUUUAACACAAAACGACAACUACUUCAAACGUUGCCGGAUUAUGCGAACGCUUGGGCUUUGUUGUUAGAAUUUAUUGAACAUUCCGCUCUUAGUAAAAACGAUGAAGUGUCAUUGGCUGCUUUAAAAUCAUUCCAAGAGGUUUUAUAUUUGAAUAAAGUGAAUGGUGCUGGCAAUGGCAAUGCAGAAGUGUUAGAUGAUACAAUCCCAAUGACUAAUGACUUGAAUAAAGGACAUGAUGGGAAUGGGAUGAAUUGUAGUUCAAGUGAACAAGAUAUGUGGAAUGUGGCCUGGAAACGAUGGUUAAAUAUUGCGUUGAAAAGCACAGCUCCACCUACAGAUCCAUCUCCAGUACAUGUUGGUGACUUGCCUGUGUCUGAGGCAUGUCAUCAGAGUCAGAGCCAGAGUCAACAUCACUCAACAUCAACAUCAGCAUCAGACCAACUAUUCUACAUACCAACACAAGCGUUCCUUACCACCUUAAUACAAAUAUUCCCAGCCAUAUAUCGCCAUAUAAAUAAAAAUUUUACUAAUCAAGACGUUCAACAGCUAUGUGAAGUUUUGUUGAAUGCGGUCACAGUGCCAAUGCAAGGUGAAUCAGCGCCCUACAUUUUGUCAACGUUGUCAGACUCGUCACUCACACCUUUACACGACUCGGUGCUCCAUGCAAUCGACUUGUUAACAAUUGAAGCGAUGUCAACGACAAACACGUCGCCAGCUCCAGAUCCCGACAUGUUGCCUCAUAUAUUUAAACAAUUGUUAGCGUUUAGUAAGCUGGCUUGUAAAUUCCCUUAUUAUGGUACGCUUGGCGAAGUGCGUUUCGUGCGCUCCACAAAGUCAAAUCCAUCAGAGUUUAAUUCAUUGAAUUACAUUCCGUUUGGUGAGAAGUCUUUGAAAAUGGCUGUCAGUUUGUAUGAGAGUAAUGCGUCAGCUCAGACAGUUAUACGUGCUCAAGUGUUGCACGCCAUUAUUGAAGCUUUACACGUGCCCUUAGCUUUGAAAUACAACUGCCCCUCUUCGAGUACUUGGAAAUUAGCUGCAGAAAGUUUAUUAACAGUAUUACGUAUUGGAUUACCAGUUGCCAGCAAGAAUAUGUCACAGUUUCAAAGUGAAUUAUGGACAGAAUUAGCAAACACUUUAAAAGAUUUUCUAUUUCCAAAAAGUGAACCUCCUUCAGAUCGUGGCCUUGAUGAAUUAGUACAAGAUGAAGCAAUUGAUUGUCAAAUAAUUGACUUACUUCGUAACGAAUUAUUGCCGUUUUCACGAGACCUCCCCAAAGACUUUAUCAUGAGUCUAAUUGUUUUAUUAAACAAAGGUUCAAUACAUUCCACCAGUUCACACGCUUCACACACAUCACACUCACACACGUCAAUGUUGAAUGACUGCGAAACGGAGUUAACGAUACGUGAAGAGUUUGCAAAGACAUGCUUUGAAACUCUUUUACACUUUUCAUUGUUCCACAAAGUUGAUCCAACGAUAUCAUCUGCAUCUAGUGUAUCUAACGCAUCGAACGUAUCUGUUGAUAACUCAACAAUAGACUCAACUAAUACUAGUACUAGUAGUAAUAGUAAUAAUACUAGUAAUACAACUAGCAACACCAAGACUGAAGCUGAAACGGCUGGACGGUUGGCAAUCACUACAUUGUUACAUCGCUUUAAAGAAGUUAUCAAGAAAUUUAACGAAGAUGAACUACAAAGUGGUAAAUGUCCAUUACCAAGAUUUCGAUUGUCUGAAAUAUCGUUUGUUUUAAAAGCGAUUACUACUUUAGUGGGUAUGAUGAAACAAGCAACAUCUGCACAAGUUAGUCCAAAUGCAUGGGAUCAAUUAAUUGAUUUAUAUCCUCAUCUGGUUGAAUGUACGACUACGUCAUCAUUACAAGUGUCACGUCCAUUACGUGAUGCUUUAUUACAAUACAGAGAUUUAUUACAACCACCUACUACUUAUACAUUAUUAAUAUCAUCUAAUAAUUAUAAUAAUAAUAAUAAUAAAACAACAACAACAACAACAACAUCAACAGUUAUUAAUAAUAAUCAACAACAACAAUUGUAGUGAUUAAUAUUGAAAACAGUAGCGUACAGUACAGUUACAGUUACAGUACCGUACAGUCAGUAUAUUAUAUUUAUAUUUAAUUAUUUAAUAUUGUGUUUGAUUUUUAUUUACUAUGAAUAUAGAUGAUCAACAAUCAAUUCAAAUAUACAGGCUGCCCCCCCCCCUCACUCACAGUGACCGUCCAUUAGAAGUUUAUGAAAAACCAAACAUAAUAGAAGUCUGAAAAUUGGUAUUCCAACAUAAUUUUAUUAUGUCUGGUUCUCCAGAAAAUUCGAAUGAUCGGUCGCUGACCGUGGAACACCCUGUAUAUAAUAAAUAAACUUCAUUAACUAACUAUUUAUUAUAAAUAUUAUAAAUAAAUAAUAAUAAUAAUAUAUACAAAAAAUAGUCAGUUCAAUGUAGAGAAGACAAUUUGGUAAGCGAGGUUUAAAUCCACUGCUGGAUAAAGGCCUCCCCUAGAUUUUUCCACCUUACCCUAUUCUGAUAUUCUCGUGUCUACAAACGAGUUAUAUACUUUUUGAAUAGAUCCGACCAUCUCAGAAACUGUCUGCGUCUCAUUCGUACAGUGUUUGACCAUCUUUCGUCAUCAAAUAAAUACAACAUAAUUAUUAUUAUUUUAUUUAUUUAUUAUAUUAUAUAAUACAUAAUUAAAUUGUUUAUCUAUUCAUAGAAUAACAAACAACAC